AUGUCCGCAUUAGGCCGAAUCCCGCACAAAAAGAGCCGUCAGCAGCUCCGGGAAGCCUUGGGCAGAAAUGCGGUACAGGUAACGCUUUUUUCACCUUCUUCAUUUUCGACCGAUGGAUAAAAUGCGAUUCUAGAUCAACACAUCACCAGAAGCAGCGAUCGAGCUGUCUCAACACUGGGUAAACCAAGCCUUUUCCGCUCUCGUGUCAACAGUUGCACAGGAGAGGUUUGUAUAUUUUUUACUAGAUUUCAUGUAUCAAACAUGGUUGAUUUAUAUAAAAACAAUUCAGAAUGAAAGAAUGAAAACUUGAUUUACAUAAAAGAUCCUUCGGUAAGGUUGCAAAAAACAAAAAUUUUGUUGAGUAAUAAAAAAGUUUCUUACCUUUCAAUUCAAUCAUCUCUUCAAGCGAGUAAAAAUGACAGAAUAAACGAUGUGUCCCGUUUCGAAGCGCGACACCAUGAGCGGUGCAUAAAACGGACUUCCGAGCUCGUGGGGCACGCCAAAUGUGUCGUAGACUUGCUGGACGUCCAUAGAGCCACUAAAAGACGAAGAAAAGGUUUUAUUUCUGAAAAUAUAUAAACCUUAUGCCGUGUUUAAAGUGAUCCUGCAAAAUUCCGAAUGGCCAUGAAAAAAAAUCUAAUUUUUGGAGAGUCAGAGAUCUCUUUUGAUUUCGCGGAAAUUACCUUGAAUAAGGCAUCAAUUUUUCAAUUUGCCGAGAUUAUUUCGAACGCGGCAUUAGUUUAAAUCGGAAACGGUAAGAGGAAACCAAAAGAUAAAAAUUAAAUUUUCAGGAUUGAUAAGGUCGCUGAAAGCGCUAGACUCCAAAUGGGUUGGCGCUUUUCGAGUUCGUCAGAAGCGUGAAGUUUUUCGGAAUUUUUGCAAUCCAAAAAAAUUUAUGUAGAUUUAUAACCGAAAUACCAUCGUCCUAAAAUCUUCUGUUGAUGUCUCUCCAUUCACAUCCAUCGCACGGCAAAUCACCAAGACCGUUCGAGCUUUGAAGAAUAAAAAUGAAACGAGAAGGUUGGAAAGAACUUGAAUUGAUAAAAAUUUCACAGACUAUUUCAGUUGGCAACAAAUCAUGGUUGCUAUUGAAAAGCAAGGCAAAGAGAUGGAGAAAACGAAUAAAGUGAGGAAAAUGCUUCACAGUAGCUUCAAAUCUCGUUCCUCGUUGCAUAGAGACCGAAGAAAAGACCAAGUCCUUGGCAAAAGACCUCUGGCGGUUAGUUUUUUUGAUUUUUGAUAUAAAAAAAACUUUGAAAAGUUGCAUUUAUUUUAGAACUCCCUAGAUGAUUAUGAUGUGUCUGAACCGACACUCGAUGCCUCCGAAAUAACCAAAAACUUUGAAAAGGUAGUAAGAUGACUACUAUAAUCAGUUUUAAAAAUAUUUUUGAGGAUCCCGUGAAAUUACUAUCGCCUGAGGCGAUGAAUCAUUUUAACAUGACUUCAGAACAGAAAGAAGCAAUGUUGCGGGUUCGGCUAAUACGAGAAGGUUUUCCUUGUCUUUCAAUAAAAAAUUCCUCAGGAUCUUUUAGAGAGAAUCAAACUUUUUUUCUUUCAUACUUUGAUCAUUUUUCUUUGACUUUUUUUCUUUUUUUGUGUUUUCUAAAUUUACCCUCAGAAUUAAUAGUGGCGUGUUCAAAGAAGUUUCAGUGAUUCAAAAAAACUGACGCGUUACUUGUUUAGAACGGUUUCGACAAAUAAACAAAAUUUAAAAUUAUAGGAGCGCUUUGAAAUGGGUCCUACAACGAUAUAUCGCAAUAAAGGAAUUUUUUUGAUUUCGCGCGAACUCAAAGUUUUGAUAUUAUUUAAGAUAUUUCAACGAAAAUUUCAAACACGCAAGUAAAAUCCGCCUAAAACUUCAAAAUAGCCGCCAGAGAUUGAGAAUUUUUAGAGAAUCAUAAACAUUUAUAAACUUUGCGAGCACGACAUAAAGUUUUCAUUCAUUUCUUCAUUCACUUGAUCAAGUGAUCAAUGUUUUUUAAUUCGAUUUUGUCCCGCUCUUUCGAGGGGAUUCCAAAAAUUGGGCAAUACUCAUAAAGUUGCCCCUUUGCACGGAAAUCUUUAGUAAAAGGCGAAAGAUUUUCUCGGUCAAAUGCAAAGGAACCAGAGUUGUGGACGAUGCGAAAACGCCUGACCCCUCUUCCCGCUGCACCCGAUAGUUUCCGAGCUGCGCGCGCUCGCAUGUUUUAUCGCAGGCUAGGCCUUUUUCGAGGAAUACGCGAGUGCGAGACGUGAAAUUCGUGCUUUCAGAGUUGAAACUGAAUGAAUAAAACAUAAAAAGACGUUAUUUUUGACUAAAACAAGCAAGUAAAAAAAUUUGUAGGAGUAAAGCUUGGAAUGCAGCUUUCCGGCCAAAACGUGACGGAUUUUGAUAGAAAAAACCUACGAGUGGCCUCGCCUAGGUUCUUUUCAGUGGUCCCAGAGCCAAAAAGAGUUGAAAACGAUACGGUUAGUCUCAAAGUAAAGCUUCAAAAAAUAUGAUUUAAAAAAACAGAUCAAUCUUCUGUCGCCAUCACUCUUCUCGCUUCACGGAGAAGGGUCCAACGACGAGAGGAAUUUAUCAAUGAAAGCCAUUUUUUCGGGUUUGCCCCAGGGAGGGGAACAGAACGCCUUGAUCGACAUGCUGACCGAAGUGACCGGCGUCGUCGACGCCGUUGACGACGCCGCCAGAAAACUGCGGCAAAAAACUGAAUCCGAGGGGAUUCUGAUCAAUUCUGAGGGUCAGGAAGUACCGAUGACCAAGGAGAACGUCACCAGAAUCUACGGAGAGGAGAAUUAUCGGAAAAUGAAGGCUUUGGAGAAGCUUCAUGGGAUGUAUACACCAGAACAGGUCAGGCUUUGCAUACAAGAAGGAAAAAUAUAAUGUUUUUCUCUUACCUAAAGUGUCCGUCUCUUCAUUGGAUUUUUAAAAAAAGUUGUUUUUUCACAGAUCAAACAGUUCAAUAAAACGGGGUACGCCGUCAUGACCAACGAGCAAAGGCUCACAUUGUAUGGAAAGGAUGCUCCAUUCGAAAAUGAAGUCGCACUGAAGGCAGGAGAGAAUUUGACCGUCCUUCAAGCCAAAAGAGCUCUUCAUGAUGUGAUUCAAAUCGAAAUAUAGUUAAAGAAAGGGAAUUUCAGACAAUUCGAGGCAUGGCUGAGGGGAAAGUGGAGCUGGAAAAGUACAGUAAGCGGCAAAAGGACAUAGUUCUCUCACCGGUUUGUUUAGAAUCCCGUAAAUUUCCGAUAGAAAUAAUUUGAAGGUUCUAUUCACCAACUUUAUCAAUCAGCCGCAGUUCGUCUCUCAAGGAUUGAUACUGUCUCCAGUGCUUUUCACGUCGUUGAUUUUAUCGCCAGCCAUUUUCGGCUCCGUUAUUUUAUCGCCAUGGGUACAUUCUAUGAAGGAAUCCAUUCUGAAUGAGAAUUUCAGUUGUUCGUUCCGGUGAUUCUCUCUCCUCGUCUGCUCUCUCCAGUCAUCAUCUCGCCCGCUUUAUUCUCUCCAAUCAUUCUGUCUCCGCUGGUUUUGGACCCACUUGUACUGACUCCAGGAGUGGCCAAUCCUCUAGUCUUGUCGCCUUUCGUCCUUUGUCCUUUUAUAUUGUCUCCCCAGGUUUUUUCCUUGAUUCUUAUUGUUAAAUUUGAACCCUAGUGCGCUUUUCGCUGCUUUCGGCAGUUUUCAUCUUAGCAGCAAAUCCAAAAAAAAAAAAAUGCUUUUUUUGCAGGUGAUGACGCCGCUGAUUCUUUCGCCGUUCGCGUUAUCGCCAGCGAUCCUCAACCCCAACGUUCUUGGGCCGGUGAUUCUGUCGCCAUUCGUGCUGUCGCCCUCGAUUCUCUCGCCGCCGACUUUGACCGCCGUCGUCCUGUCGCCGUACGCUUUGUCGCCGUCGAUUCGGUCGCCGCCCAAUCUUAUCGCAGUUUUUGCCUCCCCGAGUCUUUUGUCUUGAGAUUCAUGUAUAUUUGAGUUGAAAAUUAAAAGAAAGCUCUUGAAUUAAGUAAUUUUCUAACCUACUCUUUCGAAAAAAGAUGCACUUCAUAACUUAUCUGUCGAGCGCACAUUUCAGACCUCACUCAGGCUUUUUUCCACAAGUUUUAAAAAAGAAAAUAAAGCAAAAUUGAAAAUUGUUCGAAUGAAUCGUAAUAAAACCGGUAGUUAAGAAAAUCCCCACGUGCCUUUUCUUUUGGCCAAGCCAAAAAUUGUUAGUUUUAACAUGUUGAUGCAAUCAAAUGUGCUUGUUCCACACAAUAAAUGGGUUUCUGCUUAUAUUUAUUUUGUUGAAGAAGCAUUGUUAAAUGGCUUUCAAAAUACCUCGAUAACCCACUGAAGCAAUACUUUCUAGUGACCUCUCCAGUGUGCCGCCUCGCAAACCGGCUCCAGCCGCCGCUCGGCCAUUUCGCUGGCGACGCGCCAAGGCAAGCGAAUGGGGUCGUCGCUGACCGGCCGAUGAGAGAGUGUGACUCACGCGGAGGGCGGCUGCGAGACGGCUAG